UAUGAUAUCGGCUUUUUCCUCUAGAGUUUCCGGCGUUAUAACGAAUCGGUGAAGUAGGGUAUAAAAGCUAUUUGACAUCGCCAUUCCCACGUGUUCUCCUUCAUCCAGCGGCUGCAGUGCCGGCCCUGACCCAGAUCCUCCGCCCCCAGACUCGACGGGUAGCGGAGCCCCACAGCCUCCUACUGGUGUCGGAUGCGAGAGUCUAUCCUUAAGUGAGAAAUCAGGCCUCACUGGAGACAUUCAAGCAAAGGUUGGACAACUACUUUUCCAGAACAGAAAGGAAACUCAUGCAUCAGAAAAGGUGACUAAUAAACAUACCAAAAGAAUAUGGCUGCACAAAUACCAGAAUCUGAUCAGAUAAAACAGUUUAAGGAAUUUCUUGGAACCUACAAUAAACUUACAGAAACCUGCUUUUUGGACUGUGUUAAAGACUUCACAACAAGAGAAGUAAAACCUGAAGAGACCACCUGUUCAGAGCAUUGCUUACAGAAAUAUUUAAAAAUGACUCAACGAAUAUCUAUGAGAUUUCAGGAAUAUCAUAUUCAGCAGAAUGAAGCCCUGGCUGCCAAAGCAGGACUCCUUGGCCAACCACGAUAGAGAAGUCCUAAUGCAUGGACUUUUGAUGAAAGAUUGCCAACACCUGUUGCACUGGAAAUGAGGAUUCACCUGACAGAAUCCCAUGAAAGCAGUAGCCACCAUGUUAAACCAUCUGUCAUGACUGUUUGGCAAACGGAAACCACUGGGGAAACAAAAUUGCUGUUUACCAGAAUAAUCAAAAUAGGUCUUAUUGUUCAAUGAAAAUAAUAAGAUGCAACACUUGUUGAGGCCUUAAGAUUCAGCAGCUUGGUCACUUGAUUAGAGAAAUAAACCAUGGUUUCUUCAAUUAUGACUGUUAAUUUUAAAGCAAAAUACGUGUUCAACCAUGUAUGAGAUAGAAAAAAAAGUUUAUUACUAAAAGGAAAAUAAAUGGAAAUAUCACUGAGCAGUUUAUACUAUAUAGCACCAUAGCAUUCUGACUGGAUUGUGGAUACAUUGAAAUGUUUUUCAAUCAGGAUCAUCCUCCAAGUAUUCCUGUUCAUUCAUGUCUGCCUCAAAUUGCUGGUAAAUACAUAAAAUAGUUACUUGCUAAUCAAUUUAAUGCACGAUCCUUUUCUUGCCUCCCUUCUUGUGUCAGGGUGGGCACUACACAUUCUUAUCCUAGCGACAUUUUCAUGUACCUUCAGGAAAGAUCCCAUCUGAGACUAGCUUGCAAAAUGUUUAAGAAUUGAUUAUUGUGCUUUAGUGGAGACUAUGUUGCUUUGUGUUUUAUUCAAAAGCUGAGAAGCCAACAUGAAUGAUUCCAAGUCAGACCAACAAUAUACAGUGUACUCUCAGCUACUGCAUAUGAUCAAUGUAAUAAAAAGUAAACCAAAGUUAAA